AUGCACGGCCAUCUAACUGUCAAAACCCAUAUCUUUCUGACGGGGGCGACGGGGUACAUCGGGGGCAGUGUCCUCGCUCGUUUGUUAUGUCACCCCCGUUCAGAUACUUUUCAGACGACCAUUCUCGUUCGCUCAGAAUCCAAGGUUUCGCAAUUUCGCUCUAUGGGAAUUAAGGCUGUUGUUGGAUCAUACAACGAUCUUGAUUUACUUAGCCAGCUUGCGGAGAAGGCUGACAUUGUGAUUGCAUGUGCCAACGCCGACGACCUCAAUGCAGCAAAGGCUAUUUUAAAAGGCCUUCAAUACCGAUACAAGCGCACAGGCGUCCCUCCCUCCCUCAUACACACUUCCGGCACUGGUGUUCUCAUUGACGAUGCACAAGGCAUGUACCCAAGUGACGUCAUAUAUUCGGAUAUGGAUGUUGCUCAACUCAAAGCUAUUCCCGAGACUCAGCCUCAUCGCGUCGUUGACCUCGACAUUGUGAAGGCUGAUGAGCAAGGGUUUGUCAAGACCUAUAUUAUUCUUCCUGGUACCAUUUACGGCAGGGCGUCUGGGUCAUUAGUCGACGCCGGUCUUCAGAAUCCUAUUUCCCAACAGAUCCCGACGCUUGUGGAGGCGAGCCUUUCCCGAGGACAGGCCGGGGUGCUGGGCAAAGGCAAGAACAUUUGGCCAAACGUCCACAUUGACGAAGUCGCGGAUCUUUUCAAGCUCGUUGUUGACUCUGUGAUCUCCUACGAUGUUGACGGCAAUAAACCACGUAUCCUCAACUCCGCUUUUUCCCAUGGAUGGUCUGGCUUCUACUUUGCAGAAAAUGGAGAGCACACUUUGUAUGCCGUGUCCGAAGCAAUUGGGAAAGCAAUGGUGGAUCUGAGGAAGGCGAAGAACGCGACUCCAACGACUUUUACGGACGACGAGACCCAGAGGCUCUUUCCACCAGGAACGAUCGCCUUUUUGAACUCCAACGCACGGUGUCGAGCUGAUCGGUCCAAGGCCAUUGGAUGGAAGCCAAAGAAAACUACAAAGGAUAUAUUAGUGAGCAUUAAAGAAGAAGUUCGUAGCAUCCAGAUAUAG